AUGGAAACCAGCACGGCCCCUCCUCCCCCAAACCCACCCAGCGUGGAAGCCGCCUACAAACGCAAAUGCAUCGCGCUGAAGAAGCGCCUGAACGAGAUCGAGGCCGAGAACGACAACAUCCGCAACCGCAACAAGCGCAGCCUGCAGUACGUGCAGAAGAUGCGGCUCGAGUCGUGCAUCCUGCUGGAGCGCCUGGCCAAGGUCACGGGCAUGAUCGAGGAGGCGCAGGCGGGGAUGAAUCCGGAGCUGCGGGCGCGCGCGGCCGCGAUCAUCUCCAGCACCACUGCGCUGAACAAUGCGGCUGCUGGUGCUGGAAAUAACAAUGGUGCGGGGUAUCUGGAUGAUGAUACGGAAGGGAGCUCGGAGGAGCAGCCUCCUACGCCCCAAGAACGUCCUCUCCGCGUCAAGCGCUCGCGCAAGCCCAACCUCAAUUUAGACGAGCUCGAGGCGGAGGAGACGGCCGCCAACAACAAUAACAACGUCAAUACCACCACCAACAACGAAACCACCGAAUCCGCCUCCGCCUCUGCCUCCGCUAAUGCAGCCGGCGCCGGCGGGGCCUCCUCUUCUCUUCCUCCGAUCGCCCCUGCUCCCUCGCAGGAGCAGCUGUCGUCUUCGUUCCGCGUGCAGACCAGCAGUAACAGCUCUGCCGCCGCCGCUACCGCCGCCGGCGCCCACCAGGGUGGUGCUGGUGCUGGUGCCGGCGCUGGUGGUGGUGGUAGUGCAUUAGCCCCUUCGACAGACCAUCAGACGCACAAUACCGCUGAAGCGUCUGCCGCCGCUGCUGCUCAUCCAUCAGCCAUGGAAGUCGACGAGAAGGAGCCCAAGAGGGAGCCUUAA